CAUUUGAGGCUGACGGAAUACAACGAAAAUACUAACCGAUUUUGUUAAUUUUGAAAGUGUAGUAUUUAUUGGUAACGGUUUUUCUGUCUAUGAGGAUUACUUUACAUCUUCAGACAUGGGACGCCCAUGGUACAUAUUAUUUAUUAUACUUUGGCUACGUCUUGAAGUCGGCGGGUUUACCAUAGAGAAAGGAGAAAAAAUGAUUAAUCUAACAAACGAUGAAAGCAAAUACACGUUGUAUAUGAAUGAAAACAACCACGACGCGGACAAUGAUGAGACGCUGUUGUUUACUAUUGCAGAAGAUAGUAUGUCAGACACUCCAAGUUUUAUCUUUCUACAGGCUGAUACAACUUUUAAAUACAGCCUAAGACCUAACGAUAACACUUUUGAUUUUUACGCCACUCAGUAUUUUGACUAUGAGACACAACCCAAUUUGUACCAAUUAAUGUACACGAUCAACGACCAACCGGGGUUAAUUAUAUUGAAUAUAGUCAAUAUAGAUGAUGAACCACCAUCGCUUACAUCUCCAAUGUGCACCUUCCCGGAAAAUGCCAUCUUCGACAUAACAGACACCCAAUGUGGUUGUACUGUCAGUGAUCCCGAUGGUUGGCUAGAUCAAAUGACGUUCAAUAUUAUAAAUACCAAGGCCGAAGAAGCGGAACUCUUUGAAUUUAUGUAUAAUGGGACCAUAGCCGAUAACGUAUAUGAGGCACCAGUCUAUAUAAUUCUAAAAAAAGAAUUGGAUUAUGAGGAAACCACGUUCUAUUCCUUUAAUGUCCAAGCUCAGGAUGGUGCAAAACAUAACACAACUCCCAAUGCCUACGUUCGAUCCAUCAUUUACGUUGAGGACCAAAACGACAUGCCUCCGGAAUUCACAAACUUUUUCACAACAGCUCAGUUUAAUGAGAAGGAGGAGCAGACGUUUAACGUUACAGCAGUGGACGGAGACAAAGGGAUUAACGCAGAUAUAGUAUAUUCCGUGAUAAAGGAUGAUGUAGAAAAAUGCGUGAGUAUUGACAAAAACUCGGGAGUUAUAACAGUGAAACCGAUUGACCGUGACGCCAGAGACAUUUUAACUUACCAAUUUACCAUUAUGGCGCAAGAAACAGACGAUCCUCCAUUUAACACAACGCUGGAUAUAACAUUCUUUAUACAAGAUAUUGACGACCAAGAUCCUGUGUUUAUGGCAGUGAAAGAUUCGUCGGGCAAUGAAAAUAACACCUACGAAGAAACAGACACCAAAGUUGCCAAUUUUAAAUUUUUGGAAAAUUUUGAUGGCACACUGAAUGCGAAGUUUAAUAUCACCGAUCGUGACACUGGAGAAAACGCUCAAUUCAAGGUAGAAUUAGAACAACAUGAGCCCGCAAGUGCACCUGUUGAUUACACAGAAGCUUUCAUCGUAGUGCCAACCGCUGGCUACAGGACAGGCGACUUUCUUAUUAGCGUAAUAAACAAAACCAAGCUAGACUACGAAGACCCUGAUUGGGAUAACUUUCAGUUUUACGUUCAUUCAAUAGGUACAAAAAAUAAUACUAAACAAGAUCGUAUAUUAAUAAAUAUAAGUCUCAUCGACUACAAUGAUGAGUAUCCCAAAUUUGCAGACGAGGAAUACACUGUCGACAUAAAUGAGACAUUGGAAUAUGGAGAGUUUAUUAUCCAAGUGAUGGCCACAGAUCGAGAUGCAGAGGAUAAAGUGCUCAGGCAUGAACUGGUGGGAUCUACGACAAUCACAUCUUUACUGCGAAUUGAUUCUGACACGGGGAAGAUUUUCGUUGACAAGGAAAACGCUUUUGAUUAUGACAGAAUAAACCCAAUCUUUGUCCAAGUAAGAGCGUAUGAUAAAGUUAACCAUACGGCAACAGUCCCAGUAACAAUACACCUAUUAGAUGUCAAUAACAAGAAGCCUACUAUAGAGGUGAACGAUCUAAUAAGAGUCGAGGAAAACCAAAAAAUUGGAACGAUUUUAAACACAAGUAUCGUAGCUUCAGAUGUUGAUACUACCAGAAAUUUAUCUGCGGAAAUUAAUUGGGAUGCUUCGUACGCCAUGAAAAAUUCACAACCAUUAAAUAACUCCGAUCCUGACAUAAUACAACAAAUAAAGUUCUUAAAUCUCGAUUACGUAACUGAUCCAGACACAGGAAGUAUCACCAUACAAUUAACUAUUAACGACAAUAACGCUGAUGAGACAACGCCAGAUUAUGAAUUGUUCGACACCCUCUAUCUGUCAAUAAUAGUGACGGACUGGAAUACUGAUCCUGAUUUUUUGACCAACAUGAAUACCACCGCUCUGAUUACAAUAAAUAUUAUUGAUAUUAAUGAUAAUCCACCCAUAUUCACAAACGAGACAUUGGUGGCGAACCGGACAGCUUAUGAAGAAGCGAAUGAAGGAAUAAUAGUUGGCACUAUCUUAGCAACCGAUAAGGACGUUGGAGAUGUAGUCACUUAUAGUUGUGAAUGUCUGGACGAAAGAGAUUGGUUCGAAGUAAAUGAAAAAAAUGGCGAAUUUAGGGUGAAAACCAGCAAAACGGUUGAUGCUGACAGCUACCCAAAAGAUUUCACAGUGGACUAUAAUUGUUCAGCUACCGACACACUACAUUAUACAUAUGCCCGGUUUUCUAUUUAUAUACUGGAUACCAACAAUAAAAUUCCCCAGUACGUUGACGAUAUGGAAGAAGAAUACAUUGGUAUUCCAGAACAAAGUGAAGCCGAAACACCAUUAACUCAAAUUGAACUUACUGAUCAAGAUAGAGAUAUACCAUACCAUACUGUAACGUGUUACUUUACGAACACCAGCGAGCCAUGUUACUCUUCUUUUCAAAUAGUUGCCAAUUGGGUAACAGUGCUUAAUGGAGGCAACGAUCUGAACAGGGAUACCGGUAUCAGAAAGUAUGAUUGUUCGGUUAGAUGCAUAGAUAAUUCUGGAAGAGAACAAAGUGGUGAUCAAAAAUACAAUGACACGAAGAUUUCCAUAAUAGUUGAAGACAUAAACAACAAUGCGCCUCAGCUCAUAACGACGGAAAUUAGCGGAAGUGAAAAUUUGAAAAAGAACCAGGUAAUUGGAAAGGUGCAGGCGAUGGAUAUAGACGAGGGUCUUAACGCUACGAUAGACUUCGAAAUAACACAAGUCUUGAAAGAAAAUGUGGACUAUACAAAGGAAGACUUGUUUUUCUUUGACAAAAUGGACGAUUACAAUGAAAGCGAAACCACAAAACUAGGAACACUAAAAGCGAACAAAGAUUUAAGGGAUUAUUACGGUGAAUACACACUCAAACUAUUGUUAUCUGAUGAAGGUACACCCCAGAUGUUUAACGAUACCACUUCCUUGACGGUUAAAAUAGAAAGAUUUAACUACCACUCUCCAACGUUUUUGUUUCCAGGCGACAACGAUAAAUCGCUGGUAUUAAGUACAGACCAAGAACCCUACAGCCAACUUACUCAAUAUUUGCAAUCUAAAGUUGUACCGGAUAUCAAAAUUAGCGACAGUGACGAUGACACAUGUUCUACCAAGUGGAAUCCCACGCUUGAUGUAACACAGACUGAACCGAGUGGAAUAUCGAUAUUUCUUAUUAAUACCACUAGCGCAGCAGACGAAUGUACAGGACAGCUCCAGCUCAAUACGUAUUUUGAUAAGAAUUUAGUUGUUAAUAAAAUGUACAGCUUGACACUAACAGCCAGGCUAGAAGAAGGUACAGCUCCCUCCGACCAAGAACCAUACGAAUCUAGUGUCUUUUUGGAGAUCACAUUUCUCGACGUUACACAGGAUCCUAUUUUUGACCAAACCAAAGGUCCGUGGAAACUUUCGUUUCGAGAACAGUAUUUGCCCGAUCCCGAAACGUUACCUAAGAAUCUUGAAGCGUAUUAUCCCAAUGUCACAGAUCUUUCCAAAUUUUAUUUUCUAUAUACCGACGACCAAGACGUUGAGGACACCUUUAAAGUCGACCCUACGACAGGUAGCUUAAGUCUGUUGCAAAUGUUGGACUAUAGUAUUCAUACAACUUACAAUUUCCAAAUUGUGGCCUCUAAAAACCAGUCGGGAAUAUCUAGCAAUAAAGCCUCGUAUCUGGAUGUCGCUGUUACCGUAAUCGAAAUUAAUAACCAUUCUCCAGAAUGGGAUCAACCAACCUUUUUUGGAGCGAUUAUGUCGACUUAUCCCAGAAACACCAAAAUUUUGACAGCGAGUGCAACUGACAAAGACGUAAUAGAUCAGGGAAAGCUGGAAUACGCAAUUAACAGUACUUUUGAGCGGUCGGGAUCGAGCAGUAUUAAUACUGUUAAUGACCCACCUUUCCUCUUAUCUACAACUACAGGGGACAUAACUUUAAAUUUUGCGGUUGACAACUCUAUGACGGGUCAUUUCUGGUUUAACAUAAGCGUUAAAGAUAGGCAGGACGACUAUGGUAACGGUCCUCAUUUUAAUUUUACUACAGUCACUAUCUACAUUGUAACCACAGAGCACACAGUUAAUUUUAGAUUUGGAAAUGUGCUAUCUGCAGUGCUGAAUAAUCAGGCCGAGAUUCUGGGCAUUAUAAGUAAUAUUCUGGGCAAUGACUGUUAUGCACAAAACAUAGACGUUGACAGUCAAGAAGGGCAAGAUUUAGAUAAUCAGACACUUGCCAGUGUAUAUUGUGUAGAAGACAAUACACUUGUAUCUUCUGAAGAAAUUCUUAAGAAAGUAGCAAGUUUGACCACAUUCCAAAACUUAAGAAGUACAUUAAUGGGUAAUGCUUCUGUAUGGUUGUUACCAUUUACAAGUGAAAGCACUCCCGAAAAUCUGGAAGAGGUCCUUAAAGCUUCCAUUAUAGGUGUCACGGUUGUACUUGGAGCUGCCUGUUUCAUUUUAAGUGUUACAUUCUUUUUCAAAAUGAGAGAAUUGAAUACCAGAUUAAAGAAAUUAACUGAACCCAAAUUUGGUUCAGAUGAAUCUGACCUAAACCGAAAAGGCAUCAACGGUGUUAACGCACCUAAUACCAAUAUCCAUGCAGUUGAAGGUUCGAAUCCAGUUUUCAACAACGAAAUAAUUAAGAACAAAGAUUUUGAAUAUGAUAAAAAAAGCAUUCACAGUGGAGAUUCAGAUCUAAUUGGUAUUGAGGAUAGUCCGGAGUUUGACUUCUUUGAAAAAAGUAUUGGAACUGAGUGAAAUCUAGUUAAUGUUUGAUUAUUAAAUUGUGAUAAAAAAAAUGUAGAUAAUUGGGAAUACAUUUCCAAAAAUAUUAUGUGAAUAUAAUUUGCCUGUCUUGGCAGGGACUUAUUACUACAAAAAAUACUUGAAAUAAUAUAACAAAUAUA